AUGUUUUCGAGGAGGAUGGCGUUGGUGCUGGUGCUCCUGGCAUUGGGACAACUCCUUAGUUGCUGCCUCGCGAUUGCGCAGCUGGAUGAGGAGUUCAUUUGGGGCUACCGUGACGACAGUAGCCAGCGUAUUUGUCACUCGGAAUCGGUCGUGGUACAACCGACCUGGGAAGCCUUUUUUUCCUUCUUCCGUCCAGUCACACGCAUCGUUACCUUCACGCCACCGAACACCAAUCAAGCCGUGCGCUACAUUCGCGUCUGGACCGAUGCACCGUGGCAUCGAUUUCGGGCCGAGCUGAUACAGGGUGGCGUCGGUACGAAGGCACCGGUCACCACCAUCAUCAUGCUGCACCGCCAUUGGCUACUGUUUGCGAACAUCGUAGUUUACUGUUCCAUUCCACCGACGUAG